AUGGGAGGUGGUGGCGGCACUGAUGGUUUCAGGCAUCUGCUCGAACACUUAGGUCCUGCUACCGAGGCGUGGCUUGCGGAUAUGCGAGAGCAUGCCUUUGUCUUCAACAACGAGAGCCUUGAUGCACUGAGCGCUAGUGUUGGUAAGGAGCUGGAGGGCAAAGACGUUCAGGCUCUCGAGGCGGAACGUGAUAGGCUUCUGGUGAAGAUCUUACGACUCAAGAGUGAAAGCAAAUAA